AGCAAUUCUGGUUCAAGAUUUUGCGUCAAGGGUGUCUGGCCCCGCACGUUGUCCCGAAAGGCCUCUCGGCAAUAAGGAUUGCUAUCCUUGCGCGAUGGUAUCGCAGACUGCUGACCUUGAGCAAGUGCCAUUUGAAGCGGUCAUGACAGCUGAGUCCAAGGCCAUGAUCGAGAAGCUCGAUUGCCAGAGUGGCUUCGUCGUCUGGGGUGCGACGCUGUCCGAGUCAACGGUGAAAAUCAAUACCGCUGCGAUGUUGCUGACUACAGGGCCGCCGACUUCGGAUUCCCGUAUUCUGAAUACAAAGUCAUGGCAAUGGAUUUCAACGACAAGCCUUGGGAUGGGAAGGUAAUGGGCGUCUGGGGCCCAGAAUGGCGGGCAAUCAGCAACAACGGCCCAAUGCCUGGCUAUACGAUGGACGGGAAGCUGUAUGGGAACAGCAAGUUGAUGCUGGCGCAUUUGAAUUCACAGUACAAGGACAUGACGCUCAGUGGCACUGAGCAGAAGAAGGUGGACACUUUGGUCAGCCUGAACGAGAAGUACCAGGAUGCGCUCAUGGACUCUGUGAUACACUGGGGUUGGCAACAUUUUCACAAGCGCGUUGCGGACUAUCCCGAGGACCGGUUCGAGAAAGCCUUGGCGCAUAUGGUAAGGGAAACAAGUCAAUCGAGUGGGAGAAGUCGAAGAUAAAGGUGCUCCACGAGUUCUUCUCAACCUUCGAAUCAAACAUCGACGCAGGCGCGUUGGCCACCGGCUGCCUCGUGGCGGGGAAGACGAGUCUCGCUGAUUGUGCCCUCUGUAAUUGGGUAACCUCAUUCUACAACAUUGCGAACCUGAAUGUCUCGUCGCGCUUCCCAAAGGUAUGGGCGUUCUCUCGGAAGCAGAUUGAGGUCAGUCUCCCGCCUGGGGCAAAAGAUCAUUACGAUGGCUUCAGUAUGUUCGGCAAGUUCGUGCAUCUUGCGAGUUUUGGACAACCGGGGAUGUUUCUGUUCUGCACCAAGUCACGACAUUAACAGCGCCCACCUCUGGGUUUCGACCGAGGUGUCCUAAUGAUAGAUACUUGUGGCCAAGGGAUCUGGGACAGCAGAUUGGCUCUUGGAGUGUCUAAUGGUGCUCUUGAAUUCUAGCCGCUUCACGUAGCCCCACCAGCCUGCCUGGACGCCGCCCGCCUUUUUUCGACGCCGUCGCGAUCAAAACGGGAAGAACGGGGUUGGAGGAGGAAAAUCCCCAGACCACCUACGCCCUAAAGGGCUGGUGGGACUUCAGCGAUCCCAAGUGAGAUGGGGUCGCCUGCAGCGACUUCAGCAACAGCUGCCAGCGCGGCUGGGCCGGCCCGCACCCGCGCGAUGCGGCUGGAGGAGGGUGUUCGAAUCAUUGCUUGCUCGUCGUCGCCGGCUGCGCUGUAUCAAUCAUGGCACGUCCGACGCUGUUCAGCAGUUGCGGCCUGCUGCACGGGGAGCGAGUUUUUGUGUAACUCUAAAGCCUCUCCGCAUGCGCUUGCUGUUAACUUACCAUGUUCCUCAUGCUCCUCGACUUGUUUCCAAGACCUCAUGCUCCUCAUGUUUUCUCAUGCUCUCAUGUUCUGCGUUACGCGGUGGCGUGCAGAGCAUCCAUCAAAGAUGCCUCUUGUGACUGAUUUUCCACUUCGCUGGGGAUCCACCACCGCGAUCACGGCACGUCCAGGUGCAAGAGCAAAGCCGAUUGUGACAUAUCGGGCGGUGUGCCAAUGUUUCAGGCAGCGCUCUGCUGGGAUGGGGUCCCGCAUGCGCUGCGCUUUGCAGGCAGCUGUUGUUUCCCACCUUGACCAUCGCCAGUCGUCGCGCUGGAAGGAGAC